CCCCGUCGGACCGAACCAAGCGCCAUGCACCAUGGCUCACUUCACCGACGCCAAGUACGUUCCCAUCGGACAGUCCUCACUUCCCCGUGAGGACUCACCGCGCGGCCAUUACUCAACGCCGCCCGGAGUGUCUCCAAGGAAGGGCCACCAUCAUGGUCAUGAAGAUGGCAAUGACGGUGGCAAGAAAUCUGUGAUGGCCAAGGUGAAGGACAAGGCAAAGAAAUGGAAGAACACCCUUGUGAGGAAGAAGCAUGGCACCAACCGGCCGCACAAGAACGACGGGAUUGCCCACGGAUUGGCCGGCUUGGUAGAAGAGGAAGACGAUGAUGAAGAGGACAAUGCAGCCGCGAUGUACGAGCCAGAGAUGGCAGCAAGGGGGCCACACACCGAACCGGCAAUCAUACAUAAGAAAGACCUGGAACUAAAUGGGCCAUCACCUGAACAAGUCAUGAACCCCAAGAAUGGUGCAGAACUGAAGCACCAAGAAGCCAUAAAGGAGCCAAUUGAGAAGCAGGCUUUGGGUCCACACUCUCUGAAGCAUGAGGGUGACCCGGAGCAGGACACGCAUGAGGUUCAGUAUGACAAGGGGGUAUCAGUGAAGGAGUACCUGAUUCAGAAGCUUGAGCCAGGUGAAGGAGAUAAGGCUCUCUCUGAGGUGAUCACCGAUGCCAUCACCCCCAACAAAGGUGCACCAGUGGAAGGGGAGAAAACCGUGGUGGAGAUGGUGAAAGAAGUCGUUUCAUCGUUUCUCGGUACAGAAGAGCCAAGCAUCCCUGUUUCUACAAAACCUGAGUAUGUUAAAACUGGCAGUGGAAAUUGAAGAAGAAAGGAGACUGCAGCACAACUGAAAGCUGAUGAAGUUUCAGAACACUUUUAUUUUCUUUCUGCUUUUUUUCAAGAGGUUGAGACAUUGUUCAUAGUAUUAAGCGUUUAUACGGUGAAUAAUAAACGUAUUAACGAAACUCUCGCUUGCAAGCAGGCAGAAGAGUGUUGUAUCUCUUUCGAUUUUCUUGUAUUAACUUAAUCUCCAAGUAGUUCUUCCACUUGUAUAAUCUGACCUUUCAAUAAUUUAAUGAACAGCUUCUUGUGGGCUA